UGGUCGACAGCGCUGGUCGCCGCUCUACCAUGGUUGUGGCUGUGCUUCCUAUCUACGUAUCCUGGACCAGUGGCAGGGUUCGGGACAGACUUCAGCGCCAAUGUCUCUCGCACCCUGGACAACCUCCUGGCUGGCGGCAGAUACGACAAGAGGAUCCGGCCUAACAUGGGAGGGCCACCAAUAGUGGUGUCAGUUAACAUGCACAUAAAGAGCUUUGGGCCGAUAUCUGAGACUGCUCAGUCGUACACUAUGGAUGUCUACUUCCGCCAGACCUGGUACGACUCGAGGCUUCAGUACAGUUUGCCGGGACUCCACGAGUUCUCAAUGUCCUGGCUGUUCCUGGACAAGGUGUGGAAGCCUGACACGUACUUCAUGAAUGGCAAGACGUCUCAUCUGCAUCGCAUCACCUCGCCAAACAAGUUCCUCAGACUCAGACAGGAUGGCUACAUAGUGUACUCUAUGAGACUGACUAUAUCAGCACGCUGCAAGAUGCAUCUAAGGAAGUUUCCCAUGGAUACACAACGAUGCCCUCUGCUUAUAGGAAGCUACGGUUACAGCUCCAACGAAGUGAUGUACGAAUGGUUGGAUCUGACUGUAGAGCCUGGACUGGAGUUGUCUCAAUACGACUUGGCCAACAUUACUGUCGUGCCUCACAGCAAGUUCAUCAGGAACGUAGGAGAGUUCUCCAUGAUCAAGGCAAACUUCCUACUCCGUCGUAGCAUCGGCUACUAUGUCCUCCAGAUGUACGUCCCUUGUUGUCUCAUCGUCUGCUGCUCCUUCGUCUCUUUCUGGAUUAACCCGGAUGAUGUUCCUGGUAGAGUCACGUUAGCGGCCACAACAGUCCUGUCAAUCACAACGUUGGGGUUCGUGGGUCGUGCCGCACUGCCAAAGGUGAACUACGCCACAGCUCUGGAUUGGUUCGUCAUUCUCUGCUUCGCCACCGUGUUCGCCGUCCUGGUGGAGUACGCGGUCAUCAACUUCAUAGACAAGGUGCGCGUCGACAUCCAGCGACUGUUGGAGGAUCGCAAGAAGCUAAAGGAACUGAAGGAGGCUCUCAAGGAAGAAUCAGGCGCUGAAGAAAGCGAAGAAGAAAUCCUCGACAAAGACCUGGAAGAGGAAACUAAGCUUCCAGAGAUCGCAGUACCCAAGAUUCUGAUGACCUACGAGAUGGAGGACUCCGACAUCGGCGACGCGGGAGGAAGUAGUGACGAAGACCUGGACUCCCUGAAGGUGGAGCAUCUUGCAGUCCCUAUCCAGGAGGCAAAGCUGAAGGUGACCAGAAGCUUCUCUGUGCCGACCAUCACCAAAGGAGAGUACAGGUUCGACCAACCACGCCUUGUGCAGGACACUCACAUAGACAUCCUACUGGACCAGAACCAAUCACCACAGGCUGCAAGGAUCACCCUUCGCAGCACGUUGCUGAUCCCUGUCAACCUCUGGCGUAACUUGAGGAUCCUCCCGACAGAGGAGGAAGUCGCUGCUACGACAGAACCUCCUGACAAGUUCUCCAAGAUUGACAUAUACUCCAGGAUGCUGUUUCCUCUCAUGUACACCCUCCUGUUGUCCGGAUACGUCGUCGUCUACACGUACUAUGUGGUCGACGACAAGGAACGAUACCUUCACGACACCUACAAGUGAAAAUCUCUGAGAAGCAAGAACAGAGUGUUCAAAAAAUGUAAAUAAAUUAUAUACAAAAAGUAUGCAAAGAAGGUAGUUAACGUGUAGUUAUGAUAACACUAACAAAGGGAUUGGCUUUUGGCUGUUUCAUAAAAAUCUAGUAAGCGGUAUUAUAGUGUGUAUAAUGGGACCUGACUUUUGACAGAUUAAUAUGUUUUAGGUAAAUAUUAUGUAAGUUAUACAUGAAAGUCAUUCAAACAUAAAUCAUUCAUUUACUAAAGUUUUCAAUAGAUUAUUGGUUGGUCUCAUCAGUUUAAUAACACAUUAUUUGUUCCAGUAACAAACACUCGUUUACUGAACGUUGAAAGGUACGCUUAUGAACAAAUCGCUUGCAGCACCAAUUAAAGUUGCAAUUGAAUCAUGCUGUGAAAGGACAUCCCCUAUAGUCCACACAAAUAUUACAUUUAUGACACUUCAUAUUGGUUUAUAAAAUUGUUUACCUGAAAUAGAACGGCAAAUAUAGAGAAUCACAAGUUAUUAUUCAUAUCUAUAAGGUAAGUGUAUCAAACACAUAUCUGCAUUAUAUGAUGAAUCAAGACUAAAACCUAGGGAGACUUGUUGACGUGAAGUUUUCUGAUUUAUGUUUGUCAUUCUGUUUGUUAACUUUCUGUGGAAGUUUGACAGUAACAGGUAUUCUGCAGAAUUAUACAGUCAAGACCUUUAAAAUACUCCGUUUAAAAAAAAACAUAACUUCGAAUACUACAUGUCAUAUUGUAAGAAGAAAACAAAGGUAUGUGCAGUCUAGUCAAAAACUUGGCUUAUUUAAAGAGUCUUUUAAACAAGUUUUCCACAUGAACCU